AUGCGCUUUCAACGUCUGGUUGAGUAUGCCGGUAUUAUGGUUUGUCAAUCAAGAACAGCUCCAAAACCAGCAGUCGACAUCAAGACCAACCAAGACAAACUCACCACUUGCUUCUCCGACCUUCCGAUAGAGCUACGUUUGAUAUGCUAUGAAGUUGCUCGACCUGAGGCCAGGGUUUUCAAACUCUCCCUCUCGAAGCAUCACAAGCCCAAUGAUUGGUCAGCAUGCUGGUACAGCGGAGCUAUGGUGCCAAACUUGCUGCACGUCUGUAAAGAGUCUAGGGACCUUGCUUUGAAGUGGUAUAAAGCUUCUUUUGGUCCCAAACACCAGCGAUAUACAAGCACCCGUGGCGGUCUACCUAUCCCAAGCUUUUACUUUGACUGCUCUCGAGAUUACCUCUAUGCACAAUGCAGCAAGUGUAAUGGAAGUGGAUGCGAUUCCAGCGAGUUGAGCAUGUGCGAUAUCUCUCUGCUUGAUCGUGAUCACAGAGACCUCACGAAAAGGCUCUUUGUUGAGUUUUCAGGAUUUUCUAUGACAUUAUGGCUUCCACUAAUCUGGUUUCGAAAUCUCGAGCAUGUGAAAUGCGUCCACUGGGAGAAUGGGCUGCUCUUCCGUCAUGAGGCCAAACUAUCAGAUUUCAUUGAGACAGAGGGAAAGUAUCACUGGCAAGAAGGAAAGACUAUGAGGGAGUGUUUCGAAGCUCAGGGACAUAAGAUGAGAGAAGACGAUCUUGGGGAUUCCAUUCGCGGCGUUAAGUCUUUCGCGGAGGUGGCUCUGCGUCAGCCAAAUAAGCCCUCAGAUGUUUUCCAGCAUACCAAAAUCCAGUGGUUUAAAGACAGAGCAACACGGAGCCUAUGA